AUGGCCCCACCAUCUCUCGUCGAUAUCUGCCUGGAAUCGCUGAUAGCACAUGUGGAGCAUCUCAGCGAUCUCAACAACAUACCUCCGGAUUUGCUGAAAAAAAUCAUUCCCUGCCUUGGUGCUCAAGAACUUGCUAGGCUUGAAGAAGCCACCGCUGAUUUGAGCGAAUACAGCAAUGAUCGUUGGAUUCAGCUUUACGAGUCUACCUUUGGAGAAGAAGAUUUCAACCACGCUCGUCAGGAAUUAAUCAACUAUGGUGAACAAUUCAGUUGGGGGAGCCUUUUUCGGGCCAGGAGCUCGCUUCUCAAGACAAAGGUCACAGCGCACGAAGAUCUUGUCGAAUCUUUAUCCGCAUCUUACGAAGAAGGAGAAUCAUCGAGACGAAAGAGAUCGGCAAAGAUGGUGAGCAACAUGUACUCACGUUCUGAACGUGUAGAAGAGAUCCCUCGAGUUCUUAACAAGCUGUCUCCAUGUUACAACAAGAAGCAAAUCCCGAAGACGAUACACUGGGGACGCCCGUGGCCGUCGCCAAGCAAAGUGAGAUCCGUCGAAGUUGCGGUUCAUAGAAUUACAGAGACAGCUGUGAGUAGGAGUUUGCCAGAUGAUGAGACAGAGAAGUGA